UUCUCCCACGUUUUUUCUUUCUUCAUUGAUGGCUGAUCCUAGUCCCGCAAGUUUUGGGACGCAGGCAAAUGCGUUACUCAGGAAAAACUUAACGUACCAGAGGAAACAUAUAUGGACGCUCAUCCUAGUUCCACUCUUCCUCUGCUUAAUUCUCCUAGCGAUUCAGCAUGUGAUGGAUGCGCUCAUGAAGAGUGUCUCUGAUAUGGCUGGUGACUGUAAAAGUAACCCUAAUUUAUCUGGUGGUAAGUGUCCCAUCCCAAACCCUCCAAUGUUGCCUCCCAUGUUGCAGAUUCCACAACAUGAACUCCGUUCUGUUAAAACCGAUUUUCUUCCCUACAAAGACCUCCCUGACAAGUCAUGUAGAGGAACAAUGGGAGGAUCUUGUCCGGUAACUAUACUUAUGACUGGUGACAAACAGCCCCUUGGUAAAUCUUUAUCCGCGAAUAUAUUUUCUACCUCUUUCGCGGUUAAUUCCUCCGACCUCUUGCCUACUUUAGCCAAUAAUGUCUUGGGCACAACAAUCGCAGCAGAUAAAAACAAUUACGCAGAUCCAGGGCUUGCCUCAGGUCUCCUUAUCUACAGUAUCCAACCUCUUUGCAAUGCAAACUCUACAUGGCCACUCUCUCUUGAAAAAAUCCAGACAGAGGUGAAGUGUGUUCAAGGGUUGUGUCUCUGGAGAAAUAACUCUGCAGAUGUCAAUAAUGAGCUUUUCAAGGGUAGUUAUAGGGGAAACCCUGCUGGAAUUACAAAUGAGAUCGCUGCAGCAUACGAUCUCAUGAGUACGGAUAAGAGGAACUUCAAUGUGACCAUCUGGUAUAACUCAACCUACAAAGACGAGUUUUCAAUUGGGCCUGUGAAGCUGAUCCGAGUUCCCCGAUCUAUCAAUCUGGUACAAUAUAUUGUACUCUCAAGACAUAUGCAUCCACUUACAAUCGUGUUUCUCUCAUUGUUUUUUUUUUUUUUUUUUUGCCAAGGAUUUGAAUUUCAUAUAAAUAUGAGAAGAGUUUGUAAGACUUUACAAAAUAAUAUAAGCUAGAUGGGAUGCACUUCGGCAAAAAAAGAUUAAAAACAAAGUGUAACCCAUAAUAGAAGAUUUCUAGUCAUUCCUUAGCCAAGUGAGCAUAAGGUUUUUGAAGCUCUUCUUGCUGUGUUGUUUCCCCAAGAUUGUAUCUCUGAUAUUGCGAUCAAUGAGCUUGUAAAUCGUUUGGGGAGUAGACGAGAUCCCGUCAUGCAGACGUUUGUUUCUUUCUCCCCAAAUACUAUAGAUAGUGGCGUGAGCAACCAUCCUUUUAAGU